CACUCCAAAUUUUCUUUUCAUUUCCCCCAAAACAUUCCUCAGUGCAAAUCCAAAAUUCCAAACUCGGAAACCGCCAUCUCUGGAAACCCAAUCACUCCCUUUUCUCUCUCUUCUUUUUCUUUUCAGUGAAGCUUUUCCAUCGCAUUCCAGACCGAGCCCACAAAUUUUGACCCUCUCUCCGAUUCUGUGGAGCGUGAAUGGGAGUAAGAUGAACACUUCCCACUCCCACCUCUCCAACUCUUUCCUCACCUAGUGUGCCAGCCAAGAAGGAUCCUUCAUGGCUGCAAAGCGCGUGUACCAAGUUUGGAAAGGAAGUAAUUUGUAGGAUAGGAUUGUGCCUGUGAUGGUGCUUGGUUAAUGGCUGGUUCAAGGGAUCGAUCAUUUGUUUACUAAAGUGUUGGAACACAUUGCAUUUUUGGGCCAGUUUGCCUCGUUGGGAUCUUUAUGUUUUUGAUAGGACAGGAGGAUUCAUUAUUCUCCUGUCUAAUGUAUGAAAUUCAUAUGCGGAGGGAGGUUGGUAUUUGGGCCAGACGCUAGGUCCCUGUUUGUCACCUUGUUGCUGAUUAUUGUUCCACUUAUAAUCUUUUGUGUAUGUGUAGCAAGGCAUCUCAGGCAUGAAUUUUCUCCAUAUAAUUCUGGAUAUGCUAUUUUAGCAGUGGCUAUUCUUUUUACUAUUCAUGUUCUGGCGGUUCUCUUUCUUACUUCCUCUGGUGAUCCGGGCAUUGUUCCAAGGAAUUCUCAUCCACCGGAAGAAGAGUUUCGUUAUGAUUCUUCUGUCUCUGCUGAUGUUGGGGGAGCUGGACGGCAAACACCAACUCUCCAGUUCUCUCGAACCAAAGAAGUUGUAGUCAACGGCAUUGCUGUAAGGGUGAAAUAUUGUGAGACUUGUAUGCUGUAUCGUCCUCCUCGUUGCUCACACUGCUCCAUUUGCAAUAACUGUGUUGAGCGUUUUGAUCACCAUUGCCCCUGGGUGGGCCAGUGCAUUGGUCUGAGGAACUAUCGUUACUUCUUUAUGUUUGUUUCUUCAGCAACUAUUCUGUGCAUCUAUGUGUUUUCCCUCUCAGCUCUUUACAUCAAGGUUCUGAUGGAUAAUUAUGACGGCACAGUUUGGAAGGCAAUGAAAGAAUCCCCUGCAUCUGUGAUACUAAUGGCUUAUUGUUUCAUCUCUCUGUGGUUUGUUGGUGGAUUAACUGGUUUUCAUUUAUAUCUCAUAGGCACAAAUCAGACUACCUAUGAAAACUUCCGGUACAGAGCUGACAGCAGGAUCAAUGUUUUUAACCGGGGUUGUUUGAAUAAUUUUCUGGAAAUGUUUUGCACUAAAGUAAAGCCCUCAAGGAACAAUUUCAGGGCAUUUGCCAGAGAGGAGGUACCAAGGCCAUUGGCUCCUAUCAUUGCACGGCCUCGUGACCCAGAUGACGGCUUGGGUGGAGAUCGGCGCCCAAAGGUUGAAGAUGAUCUUGACAUUGGUGAAGACCUAUUGAAGAUAUCACAGCGCAGGAACAUUGAAGAACUUGACGAGGAGAUUCGAGACAGAGGGAGCAAUGGAGCACCCCACCAUACAUCUGAACCUGACUCAAUUUUGUCCUCAGAUCAUCGAGCUCCCACCAUUCGAUCAGAUGCUAGGCACUCAAGUUGGGACAGGAGUGGAAACUGGGAAAUUGCCCAAGAGGUUCUUGCCAAUUCAAAUGUCACAGAAAGCAGAAACUAUUCAAAGGAAAUGCGCCAGUGAGGAGUUGUGGUUUGUCUCUUGCAAUAUUUUUAAUGGCAUCAAUCAACCAUAUAUGAUGUGGGGUUCCUUGGAUACUAAAGAUGGAAAAGAAAGAUUGGAACUUGGUAUAAAAACUUAGCCUACCUUUUUUUGUGGUAACCCUAGUUCAUUGGGAAAGCAUAUAAAUGCGUGCAUGUAAUUUGUUUGAGACCCACUGUCCUUUUUUUAUCCCUUUUUUCCUUAUUUUUAACAGUCCAAUAUAUGGAUCUCAUCUUUCCCUGGUUUUAUUCUUUGUGUAAAUAACCAGUUAUGAUACUGAAAAAGCUUCUCUACAUAUACUGCAUUUUAGGUACGGUAAAA